AUGGCGACGAGUCGCGCUCGGUCGCGGCAUGUGUCUCAGGUCGGUGAACCUAUUCUGGACGACGGCAGGACCCAUGACCCGUACAUGGACACCGACGGUCUCUCGACUGCGCCCUCGGAAAGACGCCAGAGUGAUGAAUUUGAAGACGCAGACGAGUACAUUGAUGAUGGAUCAGAGCAGUUGAUGCCUGACGGCUAUGGCUAUAAUGAACCGAGUGCGCACGCCAGGGACUACCCGACCCAAGAGCGCAUAAACCAUGCGUCGCGCUCUGCGCGCGCAGGGUACGAGCCGAUUGAUGAUUCCGUCCCACAGUCAGAAUAUAUCUACGAUGAGGAGAAUGAUGACUACCGGAAUGGACACUACAGCGGACACGCACGGCCUUCGGUGGCCGACCAUGCGCAAAGCAGAGGGCAUGGAGUGUAUGUGGAACAUCCCCAUACGGCAUUUGAGGACACGCCACACAGGAUGGACGAAUAUACAGAGCAGCCCUACUUUAAUCCAAAUGAGAUGAGUGCGGCGCAGGAGCAUCCGGAGGAUUUUCCGGCGUUCUUCAUGCAUUCAGUUGGCGAGUAUGGUGAUUUUGGGUUUUUUUCGCGCAUGUACAUUGAGAUCCGACAGAUGUUCAUGUUCGGACUGACGUCCCUGGGGUUGAUGAUCCUUGCAAAUCUGGCUUUUGCACGGUACUUUAAUCCGUUCCGGAAGAAUUACCCUAAGGCGCGCCUGGACUUUGAGUAUGAGCGGCGCAUCACAGGCGAACGCUACAGCGAGCGCGUCGAGUACUACGCCGAGUACUGGGGUUACCAAUGUGAAGAGUACGAGAUCUUAACACGGGAGGGCUGGAUCCUCAAGGCUCAUCGUAUCUCUGAUCCGCGGCGCCCGGGCGGGCGUGGCUACCCGGUGGUCCUGCAGCAUGGUAUUCUCUGCACGUCGCUCUUUUUCUUCACGUCGGAGGAACGCUCGCUGGGCUUUUGGCUGGUCGAUCAAGGCUUUGAUGUAUGGAGCACCAACAUCCGCUCGAACUAUGGCGCGGGACAUACCCGGUACAGCCGAUGGGAUCCGCGCUUCUGGUCGUGGAGCCUAAUUGAACUGGGGGACGAUCUCGUUGACGUGGUCGACUUUGUGCUGCAGACUACGGGCUACAAGCAGUUGGCAUACGUGGGGCACUCACAGGGCACGGGCAGCAUGUUCCUGGCACUUAACAAGUAUGCCGACUUUGGCAAGAAGUUGUCUUCGUUCACGGCCCUAGGCCCUGCUGUUUAUCCCGGUAGCUCGCUGAGACGGCUGCCUUUUCGGGUUAUGAAAAUGGUGCCAUCGCGUUGGGCGUGGUCGCUUGUCUUUGGCGUGCGGGAGUUUCUUCCGGCUCUGGACUUGAUUCGCGCCUUGCUGCCUAAGUCGCUGUUUGGGCAUAUGGCCUAUAUUAUAUUUGCCUACUUGUUCGACUUCCACGACCACAAUUGGGUUGACCGCCACAAACCUAAGAUUUUUUGCUCGACGGGUGUGACGACUAGCAGUGAGCUUCUGUACUACUGGAUCCAUUCGUUUGUUGCUCGAGGGUGUGUGUUUGAUCCACGCAUCACCCAGCCGUGGUUUCCGCCGUCCUUCCCCCCCCUCACUGUGGCGUAUGGUUCAAUCGACCACUUAGUGCUGGGAAAGCCGCUGGUUGAUCGCUUGAUGGCCUACGAGAGCAAUGUCCAGAUUGUUCACAUCCUCGAACUGAAGGGCUACGAACAUAUGGACAUGGUCCUUGGCGGUGACGCCUACAAGACCGUAUUCCCCAAGAUCAAAGAUACCAUUGUGCGCACUAUUGACCCAGAGGAUCUGCCAGAGAUCCAGGGCACCAGAUAA